UAUCAAUUGAUAUUUAUGUAAAGCAAAAAUUAGUAUUGUUUGUGUACAUUUUACAUCCAAAUAAAUUAAAAUUCACCACAGGUAAAGUUCGAUUUUCAUCAAAACAACAUCGUCCUUGACUUUGGUGAAUUCUCCCAUGAUUCUUCGAGCACGUGAUCGUGUUUAUAAGUCGCGAUUGGUGUAUUGAUAGCGUGCCCUGCGCGAAUGCAAUUGCGUGCCAGUAAAUAACAAAAUGCCGUCAGAGUCCAAACCUUUGUUGACAGCUCAAACGGAAAAGCCAAAUCAUUACUCAUAUUUGAAAGAAUUCCGUGUCGAGCAAUGCCCGCUCUUCUUACAACACAAAUGUACACAGCAUCGGCCUUUCACCUGUUUUCAUUGGCAUUUUAUGAACCAGAGGCGCCGUAGGCCCGUAAGACGUAGGGAUGGCACGUUUAAUUAUAGCGCCGAUAAUUACUGCACAAAAUACGACGAGACUACUGGCAUUUGCCCAGACGGAGACGAUUGCCCCUAUUUACAUAGAACAGCAGGAGACACAGAGAGACGUUAUCACCUCAGAUAUUACAAAACGUGCAUGUGCGUGCACGACACAGAUUCCAGAGGCUACUGCGUUAAAAAUGGCUUACAUUGCGCGUUCGCUCAUGGCAGUCACGAUCACAGACCGCCAGUUUAUGACAUCAAAGAAAUCCAGGCCCUUGAAGCUGCAGAGGCAGAGGGCAGCAGCUCUUCCAAUGGACCCAAUGCUUUGGACAAGGAAAGAAAUUUGAUGAACGAAGAUCCAAAAUGGCAAGAUACAAAUUUCGUUUUGUCAAACUAUAAAACCGAACAGUGCAAACGCCCUCCUAGAUUAUGUAGGCAAGGUUAUGCUUGUCCGCAAUAUCACAAUAAUAAAGACAAGCGACGAAGCCCUAGAAAAUUCAAAUACAGAUCUACGCCUUGCCCCAAUGUUAAACACGGAGAGGAAUGGGGCGAGCCUGGCAAUUGCGAUGCUGGGGAUAUGUGUUCUUAUUGUCACACCAGGACUGAGCAACAAUUUCAUCCUGAAAUUUAUAAGAGCACUAAAUGUAAUGACGUGCAACAAUCGGGCUAUUGCCCUAGGGGUGUAUUUUGUGCUUUUGCACAUGUUGAACAAGAAUUAGGAGUAUCAAGAGAAGCAGGCGAUAGCUCAGGCACAAACUUAGGUGAAAUUCUAUCCAAUGCCCUUCCACCACCAAAUACUGAGGUAAAAAAAGAUAAAACUAGUGAAAACUCAAACCAUUGGUUCCAGAAUGGUAGCAGCGAAGUUAGCGAAUCGGCUUCUUCGACAUCGUCUAUAGGUUCAAAUAGUUGCAGUAGCAAUAAAGCCCCCGGAGCUCAAUUGACACAUAAGGUGUUGCCAUUUCAAAGGCAUAGUAAUAAUCUCGAGUUAGAAUUGACUGCUAAAUUGUUGCAAAUUGAAAAAGAUCCCAAUUUAGAUCCAAUUGAAAGAGAGCAACGUAGACAAACUUUAUGUUUUACUUACAAUAGUUUGGGAAAUUCAUUUUUCACUGGAAACGAUACAGUGGAAAGCGUAGUUGGCAAUGCUCUUGAUGAAAUCAAUCUAGACGAUUUUAAUUUAACUGGAGCCUUAGAUAGAGAUAUGGAUACCGAUUCGCCAACUGUUGCAAAUUCAAUAUCAGUUGGCUUAGCAUCAUCUGCAGGACUUUUAGGUAGUUCAGCUCCAGUAAACAUUCCUAGUUCGGCUCCAAGGACUUUGGGCGGUUUCAGUCCGACAAAUAACAGCCCUCUACAGCCAUAUUUAGCUGCAAGGUAUUCGCAAACAGAUACCAUGGACUUUUUGAAUCACAGUCAAAUUCAACUUAGCAGUAGUGCGUCCAAGAUUAACAGUUUCUCUGGAUAUUUCGACUUCCAAACUCAGAGUAUAUCGCCCAGUUCUAGGAAUCAUAAUAGUUUUAGCAUGUCGCCUAGUAUAAAUAAUAAUUUGGAAGUUGCCAGAUUAAGAGAAGAAUUAUCUCAAGCCAGAGUCCAAGUAAGCACAUGGGAAGAACGAAUCCAACAAGCCCGUACCGCUUGCGACGCCUGGCAAAGAGAAACGGAAGAGGCAAAAUGCCAAACCAAGCAAUUAGAAAGCAGACUCCAAGAGGCGAUAUCUCAAAAGAAAGCCUUAAAACAAGAAUGCGACCAAUUAAAAGAUGGUCCUCACAUUCGUCGAAUAACCAAAGUUUCAGAACUCAGUAAACUAUCACUAGGUGUCCUCAAAAAUUUGCAUUCGCAAAUCAGACAAGACCUGGAAGAAAUCGAGAAGGUUUUAUAUAGGGAAACUGCGUCCAAGUGUAUGGUGUGUGAGGAACGUAAUAGGACUGUUACAUUAAAUUGCAAUCAUUUUGUGUUGUGCGAUCAAUGCGCAGGCACCCAAACUGAGUGUCCGUAUUGUCAGACGCCGAAUAAUUUGGUGAAUACGAUGUGAAUAUGCGGAUAUUAGGCUUGUAAGGGAUUGGACUCUAAGUUAGACUAUGAUGGACUUUUUACAAUUUGGAAAUAAAAAUCACUUUUCUGAUGGAAACAAAUAUUUAUUUGAUGAGGUUUUUGCUAUUACGAACACAUUGGUUGAGAGCUGAUUUCUGGUAAGAAGAGGAAGUUUUAGUUAUUUUUAUUAUAUUUUCCAGUACUGAGAAUUAGUUGUGCCAAAAUUGAUUCUGAUAAAAAAAAAUAGUGAAAAUCUGGACUAACUUAGGGUGUCACUUCUUUGCAAUUUAACAAAUUUAAUUAUUAAUAGAAUAUAGUUCUUAUAAUAUUAUUAUGUAUUACUAUUAAUUUCCUAUUUGCAGUUAGAAACUGAGAGAAAAUUUUGUGGAAGUUUUGUAGUUUUAACGUUAAGGUAGCAUCACCGAAUAUGUAUUUCUUAAAAGAAGUAAAGAUUUUUAUUUGCUGUUAUUUAUUAGAGAGAUUUUUUUUUGAGUUUUUUUAGUGACAAAAUGUAAUCCACCUUAUACUACUUGUCAAUCGAUCUCUUGUUUUAACCAUAAAGAGUGUGAAAAUCUAAAAAUCUGUUUUGACAAGUCGCAUUGUAUUAAUGUGGAUUAUUAAUGUUAUUUUUUGACAAAUUCUUGCUGCACCCUCAAACAUAUCAAUAGAGUUUAGAGAAUCUCAUAGGGUUUCUAUAACCCAUAAAUUAAUCUACCAAUCAAUCAAUAAAUCAAAGAAUAAUUUCCAAGUGCAGCAAUAAGGCUUCAGAUUCUUCACUAUCUACUACACAAAAACUGACUGAUAAUUUUUCUAUUUUUCAACCCGCACGUCAUUUGCUUGGAUGGAUUCGUUGUUGUUGUGUGUGAUAUAGUUUUUAAUUUAUAUUGUGAAAUUUUUAGAGGUUUUUUCAUUAUAGAAAGACUGUUUUGUGUGAUUUUAGAAAUAUAAGGAGUAACCCCCGCGCGCCCAUAGUCGCUCAUUGUAAAUUUCCAUAUAAUAAUAAUAAUUGCGAAUAAAACAAGAAAAUCUCAGAAAAAAGGAAAAUUUCGCAAUGUGAAAAUUGAGUUGAAUAACAAAGCAAAUGACGUCUUUUUUUUUUUCAAUUUGACAUUGAAAUUGUAUUAAUUAAGGUAGUUUUUCAUUAAAAUAAUAAUAAUAUGGAAUUAUGUAGUAGGCCUACAGAAAAGUGUAGAUUAGUGAUUUCUUCAAAUUAAAAUUAGAUUUCUAAUAUUUAAAAGCAUUUUUUUUUUCGUCCAUUUGCAUAAAUUUGUUGUACGUUUUUUCAUUUUAUUAGUCACUAAGAUGUGUAUGGCAUUUUUUCAAUAAUUCCAGAAGUAUUAAUAUUCUCGGAUUUUCUCACUUUAUUGUAGAAUUAAAUGGUACAAAUUUUUUUCUUUUUUAGUAUUCAACUACCAUUUCCCCCUCCUUCUAGUUUAAAACAAGAAUAUUUUAAAUUAUUAAUGUGUAAUUGAUAAGUACAAAUGAUCAAGUGUAUAAUCGUGUGAAAAUAUUUUAAUGAAUUUUGGCAAUACGUAGAUGUGGAUAACAUAGUUCUUAAAAAAAAAGUAUUUUUAAAUAAUAAAGUGUUCUACUGUAAAAAUAUGUGUCUUUUUUUUUUUGUUGUUAAAACGAUGUAGCAUUAAAAAUCUGUGUUGUGUUUAACUCUUGCUUCUUUUAUAAUGAUUUUUCUUUUUAAGAAUAAAUAUUUUAAUUUAAAUACA